UUUUUUUUUUUAAGACCAUUUCAAAUUCUCUUUUUUGAAAAAUAUCGAAAAUGUUAUUGUUGUGUAAAAAAACAAACAAACAAGUGAUGGAAAAAUGUAAGAUUUUGAAAUAAGUAUUGAAAUAGGAUAUUAGCAUUACGGACAGUUGGUUAAAAAUGUGUGAAUACUUAUGACUAAAAAUAGUACUUUGGAACAAGCACACCUCUGAGGAUGAAAAUAAGGCUUUGCUGACUGUUAACCUCGAAAGGGACUUCCCCUUCCUCAGAAAACAUUUACAUACUUACAACAUAUAUGCUGCCUGCUGUGUAAUAGAGUGUGUUAAAAUGCAUUGGCAAAAGAUGAUUUUCCACUUAUGGCUUUUGUUCUACCUGACACCUGUGACUGUGGCAAAAUGUGAGCCUAACAAUUAUUACGAUGGACUAACCGAAGAUUGUGAGCCUUGCUCUAGUAGAUGCAAGUCUCCUCCCUCAGACUGUGUGACAUAUUGUAAAUCUUCAGUAUCCUUCACAAAUGAAGCUGGACUGAACCGAAAUGUUCUUGUAAUCCUCAUAGUGUUAUUUGUGAUUGUUGGCGUUGUUAUUACACUGACUUUAAUUCAAGUUGUACGACGAAAAAAAUGCAGAUCAGUCAUCAAUGCUAAAGCUCAAAAACAAGAAACAUCAGACAGUGAUGGAGGUUCUGAGGCAACCGAGAAGACGGACGAUGGAUCAACUGAUAUGGAAGAUGGCACAUGCAAAACUCACUGUAACACCAAUCUUCCACUGCCCUCCACAGAAGAGGGCACCACCAUGUUAGUCACCGCAAAGACAGUACAGACAUAUAACUGCAGAACUCAAUAUACAGAGGAUGUAACAUUAGGUGUCUGGCGAACUGAAAUGGUAUAAGAAGGACCUAAACAUUACAUUGCAUACAAUUAUGCAGUCUCUAAAAUACAACAAAAUGGUUAAUUGCACAGAAAGAUGCUUGACGUUUACAUAUAUUUGCUUGGGUUUUUUGGGCCUUCAGCUGUGCUAAACCUGCUUUUAGAGCUCUUUUUCAUCGCCAGCACUGAUUCCCUUCAGUGUUUAGACAUGCUUUGAACAUACAGGAAAAUGUAGACAUGGAGUUGACCUAAACUAAGCAGGAUACAUAUCCAGGAGCACAAAUGGCCACUGCUAAAGUCUGCUGCUUUAUCACUGUUUUCGAAGCACAUCAUGUGGAAAAGGAAUGUAGGCAGUUUCUGCUCUGUUUAACCUCUUGAUGAUCAUAACUGCUUUCUUUGAACUUAGACUGACACUGGAUGCUUUGACCACUAACUGAAAAUAUUGUUAGUUUCAAGUAUCACAGAACAUGAAUUUUGUAUUAAAUCUGGAUAUAGCUAAAGUAGGUUGUUUGCUAUAUUGUUCAUUGUAUGUAUGUAUGUGCAUAUUUCUCUGUGUGAAAAUGUGUAAUGACAUCACUGA